CCUCAUCCCGAAAGCGAGGAUGUGAUCUGGCAUCCAUUUAUUUCCACUGGAACUGCGCGUGGAGACUUGCAGGGAUUAUUUGGGCAAAAAAACAAACAAACAAACAAACAGUUCUUUGUCUGUAACUUGUGACGAUUGGGUCGCUUAAUAGCUGCUUCAUUGAUGUCCAACCUUGUUGAGAAUAUGCUGUCCUUGGUGUUGGGAUGUCUUUGGGGGUGGACGAGUUCGUGUUAGGGGUUGAACGUGAAGCAAGGGACUGUGCGUAAUAUAUGUGCGUGGGUGUUAAGUAGUCACGUCAAAAGACAGUCUGCAGAUAGGGAGACAUAGGCAGAGAGAGAGAGAGAGAGAGAGAGAGAGAGAGAGAGAGAGAGAGAACGAUGAUGACGAUGACUCCGCCAAAUAUACCACACUAACAUCCAGAAGCUCCACUUGAGAAAAGACGGCGGAGGCAUCCAAAGGACGCGUCUCCUCCUCGGCCUUGAUGGACUCUCUGUGAACCCGGGAAGUGGAGGUGUGCAGGUGGGGCUGGGCAAAAAAAAAAAAAAAAAAGCACAACCCGGGGGUUCCCGCGACGAUGACCGGCUUGCAGUAUUCGCCGCCGCCGCCGCCAUGUCCGUGGAGCGUUUCUUGAGGUGUGGCUGAGAAAACGUCCGAAACGACACGACGAGGAAGACGAGGAGAAGGAGGAGGAGGAGGAGGAGGAGGAGGAGGUGGUGGCGGCGGUGGAGUGCUGGUGGAAAAGAUGUCCGCCUCGGUGGGGCCACGGAGCGGCCCUCGCCCACCCGCGGUGCCGCCAUCCAUGCCGGACCUUCCGGACUUGAGCCAUCUCACCGAGGAGGAGCGGGAAAUCAUCAUGGCAGUGAUGGCUCGCCAAAAGGAAGAAGAGGAGAAAGAACAAGCCAUGUUAAAAACACUGCACCAGCAGUUUGAGAGCUAUAAACAGGAGGUGCGGCGCAUCGGCGCGGAGACACGGCGUCAGCAGACACAACAGAAGGAUGACGCACCCACCUGUGGCAUCUGCCGUAAGACCAAGUUUGCGGAUGGCUGUGGUCACCUGUGCUCCUACUGCCAAACCAAAUUCUGUGCCCGUUGUGGGGGCCGAGUCUCCCUGCGCUCCAACAAUGUAAUGUGGGUAUGCAACCUGUGCCGUAAGCAGCAAGAGAUUCUCACCAAAUCAGGAGAAUGGUUUUCAGAGUCAGGAGUGCGGCCUGGGAGCCUGGGCUCCACCUUGAAUGACCCAGCCACAGGGGGUGACGUCCAACGGGAUAGGAAGCUACUCCGCUCCAAGUCUCAAGCCCCGUCCUCUACAACUAACAGCAAUACAGAACUGCCACACAGGACACAGGGGCCUGCUGGCAGUACUGCCUCUCAGGCUCCAGACACCAUGCCUGGUACUCGCUCCCAAAGUGUACCACCUCGAGAAAAAAAACGGCCAGUUUCCUACCAUGAACAGAAUGGUAGAGGAAGCCUGGGGCAUGGUACCGGCCGGAGGUCUGCCGGAAAGUUGCCAUCUCAGUCAUCUUUGGAUGAGAGGGUCAGCCCUGGGGACCGACGAGAGAGACAACCAAGAGAUGCUCACAGGCUGGAAAAGAUCCAUUCUCAGGAGUAUAAUGAUGGGGAAGACAACUUGGGUCAUUUACAAAGAAACCGGAGACGACCAGAGGAUGAUGAACAGAGGGAGCGCCAGCUACGUGAGGAGGAGUUCCAGAACCGUUAUCGUAGUGACCCCAACCUUGCUCGAUACCCUGUUAAGCCACAAAAGGAGGAACAGGAGAUGCGCAUGCACGCCAAGGUAUCAAAGGUCCGCCACGAACGUAGACACAGUGAUCUUGCAAUUAACGAGGUCGGACUGGGGCCUGGUGACGGAGGAGGCUGUGAAGCGCAGGUGACUGAAAGCCGUCUGACCAGGAGAGGAAACCGCAAAGCCCAAACAGAAAACUAUCGUGCGUACUCUGUGGAAAGGACCGUGGGGGAACCUGGGGGACGGGCACCUCCUGAUAAGAAGGGCUGCUUUGAGCCAGGUUUAGCACACACGGCAAGAGACAAAGGUGGGGACAAGUUGUUGAGGAAGGACUCUCAAAGUUCGGAACAGUCUGAGUCUUUGCGGCCGCCCCCUUCGCGCUCGUACAAGAGCAAGCGCGGAGUAAACAAGAGGCAGAUGUCCAUCAGCAGCUCAGAGGAGGAGGGCGGCUCCACGCCUGAGUACACCAGCUGUGAGGACGUGGACAUGGAAAGCAUCAGCGAGAAAGGUGAUUGGGACUGUCAUCAGCUUGAUCCCACAGUGUGGCAUCAUCCAGUAACGUGGCAGCCAUCGAAAGAAGGCGAUCAUCUGCUUGGACGUAUCACGCUGAGCAAGAGAUCGGCCAUGCCACGAGAAGCUGGCUCCCUCCUGGGCCUAAAAGUUGUUGGUGGGAAGAUUACAGAGACCGGAAGACUUGGGGCCUUCAUCACCAAAGUAAAAAAAGGAAGCCUGGCAGAUGUCGUGGGACAUCUAAGAGCAGGUGAUGAGGUGUUGCAGUGGAAUGGGAAGUCAUUGCCAGGGGCAACCAAGAAAGAGGUGUACAACAUAAUUCUUGAAUCAAAAGCUGAACCUCAAGUGGAACUUGUUGUUUCAAGACCCAUAGGAUCUAUUCACCGAAUUAUGUCCAAAAACCUCUUGAGAAAAGUAUAUAAAGCAUAUCAGGACAUUCCUAGAAUCCCAGAGUCAUCUCAUCCUCCUCUCGAAUCUACAGGUUCUAGUUCCUUUGAGUCACAGAAAAUGGACCGUCCCUCUAUAUCAGUGAUGUCCCCAACAAGCCCAGGAACCCUCAGAGACCUUCCUCUGGUACUGCCUGGACAACUGUCGGUGAAACUUUGGUAUGACAAAGUAGGCCAUCAACUCAUCGUGAACGUCCUUCAAGCCAUAGACCUGCCAUCCCGACCGGAUGGACGCCCUCGGAACCCAUAUGUCAAGAUGUACUUCCUCCCAGACAGAAGUGACAAGAGUAAACGUCGGACUAAAACCGUGAAAAAGAGCGCAGAGCCCAAGUGGAAUCAGACCUUCAUAUAUUCACAUGUUCACCGCAGAGAUUUUCGCGAGCGCAUGCUAGAGAUCACCGUCUGGGACCAACCCAGGGUCCAGGAAGAGGAAAGCGAAUUCAUGGGCGAGAUCCUGAUAGAGUUGGAGACCGCUUUGCUGGAUGACAUUCCUCACUGGUAUAAACUCCAGGCACAUGAUGUGUCCUCAAUACCUUUGCCUCAGCCUUCCCCAUACCUUCCACGCAGACACGUUCACGGAGACAGCCCCAGCAAAAAACUACAGAGAGGAGAGCAUAGUUCCAGAGAACGAGAACGAGGCAGUACGUUGGCUGUGCCCGAACAGCAGCGUGCCUCUCAGCAUCGAUCUCGCUCUGUAUCUCCUCACCGAGAGGAUUCGUGCAGGGCGAGGUCGCGGCCUGCACAUGUGCCCAUGCAAAGGAGCCUGGAUGAGAUUCAUCAGAACCGCCACCACUCUCGGUCACCUUCCCAUGACCAUGAUUCCCAUUUGGAGCACCAACGCUCUGGUGACUCAGACUACGAGUACUCUGAAGACAGUGAGGCCCUGGAGAUGCACAGGUCAAUCCGAGGCGGGAGUGCAGAGUGCCUACACACAAACAGGGGUGCAUGUAGAGAUAGCAACACACUCCCCCCCAAAAUGCCCCUGUUAGUAAAUGGUAUCCAUAAAGACAUGUACAGCUCCACCCUCCCUGCAUGCCUAAAGAGCAAGGUGCCCCAAAGGCAAGAGGGGGGCAACAACAUGCAUCGUAGCAUCUUUGCACACCGUGUGCUCAGGUUCACUGAUGAGGUCACAGUUAGUGACCUGCAGCCAUCGUUGGACAGAGUGAGGAGUGCCAGCACCACAUGUCUGAGACCAGACACCAACUUUCACUCUCCUGACACAGACAGGUGCUCCAAUUCAUUGCCCUGCAAGAUCCCCUCAAAUCCCAGGAUCUUAGUAGAACACGUGGCACCUGAAGAAGACAGCAGGCAGUGUAGCAAUACAUCAAGUCCAGACUGUCUAAAAGGCAGCAAAAAAAACCUGGAGGGUGACAGUCGAAUCCAGCCCACCUCUAUCCUCAGGGGCAGUAGGGGCAAAGGGUGGCCACUGAGACCCUUUGGCCAGACAGCCUUGGCUGGGUCCUCUCCAAACUCUCCGCAGACAGACAGAACACACCCUCACGGUAGCCCCUCUUCCCCAGUGGGGACUAACUCAUCAGGUCGCAGGGGCCGGCAGCUUCCACAGCUCCCGGCUAAAAGCAGCAGCAUAGAACAAGCCCUUGCAGUUGAAGAGCGAGCCCGACAGCUGCAUAUGAAAGUACAUUCCUACCGGCCUUCAGCCUCCCAUGACCCUGAGUCAGACCUCAAGAAUAAACGGGAGAUGUUUGCAGAACAGCGACGAAGCAGCGACAACAUGUCUGCAAGGUCAUCAGACAGCGAUAUGAGUGAUAUGUCAGCUCUCUCCCGUGCCAGCAGUGCCUCUCACCUCAGUAGCACCAGCUACAUGUCUAUCCAGUCAGAACGCCCUGGGGGACGUCUUAGGUCUAAGUCAAUAGAGGAGGAAAAAAAAGACAGAAGGAUUUCAUGGGGAGUGACUAGGGAAGAGGAGAGGAAGAGGGCGUCAGGAAAGAGACGUUUCUCAGAAGAAUUGAAGCGCAGGAGACACACUGUAGCUGGAGAAACGGAGGAGUCCAGUCGGCAGAUGAGAGCAUCAGCGGGACGCAGCAUGCUCAAGAGCUCCAGUGUGAGUGGGGAGAUCUACACCCAGGAGCGCACAGAUGGCAGUCAAUCAGAUACAGCACUAGGCACAGUGGGUGGAGGCAGCAAGAAGAGACGCUCAAGCCUCAGUGCACGGGUGGUGGCCAUUGUUGGAAACCGCCGCAGCCGCAGCACUUCCCAGAUAAGUGGCCCUGAGGCAAAGACUAAAAAGGAGAAAGGAGCACCAAUUCAGAGGAGCACAGAGACCGGCAUGGCAGUGGAGCUGACCAGGAAUAUGAGCCGGCAGCCCAGCAGAGAGUCCAACAAUGGCAGCAUGAACAGUUACAACUCUGAGGGGAAUAUCUUUUCUGGGGUCAAUCUGGGAGCCAGCAGCCAGUUCAGUGACUUUCUGGAUGGCCUGGGUCCGGCUCAGUUAGUGGGCAGGCAAACACUGGCUACACCCGCAAUAGGUGACAUCCAGAUAGGUAUGAUGGAGAAAAAGGGUCAGCUGGAGGUGGAAGUCAUCAGAGCGCGAGGUCUUGUGCAAAAGCCCGGAUCGAAAUCCCUCCCAGCACCGUAUGUCAAAGUGUAUCUGCUGAAUAAUGGAGCGUACGUAGCCAAAAAGAAAACAAAGAUUGCACGGAAAACACUUGACCCACUGUACCAACAAGCACUGCUGUUCGAAGAAAGUCCACAGGGAAAAGUCUUACAGGUGAUCGUAUGGGGAGACUAUGGCCGCAUGGACCAUAAAAGCUUCAUGGGAGUUGCACAAAUCCUCCUAGAGGAGCUGGACUUAUCAAGCACAGUAAUUGGUUGGUACAAGUUGUUCCCACCUUCUUCUUUGGUGGAUCCGACUCUUGCUUCCCUCACACGGCGAGCUUCUCAGUCAUCACUCGACAGCUCCUCUGGACCGCCCGGGGUCCGAUCCUAGUGGAUGAACAGCUCAACACCGCUCUGCGAGUAAUUAACUCAUGACAUGCACAGAGAGAGAAAACUAAAGCAGAAAUGUAGAGCAACAACAAUCAGAAAACACAUCACAACAAGAAAGCUUUGUUGAGAUCUGACAAUCACCCCUGUUGUGGUUCAUUUAGUCUGUUCUGGGGGGCACCACUUUUCAGUGUUCCAUAACAAUUUCGAGAAGUAUCUCAGUUUUCCUUUGUGUACGCUGAAGAUUGGGGGCUGUCUACAGACAACCAGCAGUAGCUUUCAAGUUGGGAGAUGAUGAAGUUGAUAAAAGAUGAAUGCCAUGUGACAAAUGAAGCAGGGUGGCUUUUAGCUGAAUUAAGAUAAGCAAUGAAUUGUAUAUAAGCGUUGGAAUGUAUGAACUCGAGACAGAGCUAACCUCCCUCCACACCUGCAGGUAGUGUAAUGGCAUCCUAUGUGCAAGGGCCUCCUCUCGAACCCCAUCAGACUGCCAGCACCUCUGACCACGAGUGGGGUGCUUCCACAUGGGUAUUUAGUCUGGAAGCACAGGGCCUUCUUCUGGUGCCUACACCCUGAAGCCGCGUCACUGGCCCCUCUCUCUGUCAAAAGAUCCUCUAUUCAAAAUGUUUACCAUGGCUGCUCUAAAGCCAAACUGUCUUAGUGUGUUUGCUUUGUCGUCUUAUUUAUUUUUCCUCUGUUACUAUUGCACAAAAUGAUUUUAUAGUGUGUUAAAUGCUCAUGAUGUGUUGUCAGUCUGGUGUGUGCAUGGAGAGAGAGAGAAAAAAAACAAGCGAUAAAAAAGGAUAUGAAACAAUUUCUUGUCUGCAAGUCUUGUGCAGGUAUGGGAGACUGGUGAUUAAGACACAUCGUUGUUUUGUAAUCAUGAAAUUGAAUUAAGUUGUCCUUGUAGAGAUGUGUAUUAGGCCUCCCAGGAGGAUGACCAACAAAUAAACAUUGGUGUCACUAUUAAUUAAAUGUCACAGAAAUGCAUCGUCACUACAAAACCUGAAACAAGGAAAUCUUUUAUUUACCAAAGGAAAAGUUAGAUAUCGAUCAAAAUACCCUCACCCAAGCAUGUUUCAAUGUUUUUUUAUGGAACCUUUAUUUUAUGUUCUUUUGAGAAUUAAACACAAGCACAAGAGCUUGAUUUUUUUUACAACUAAAAGUUUAACUUUUUAAAUGAAAAAACACAUAGUUUUGAAAAAAGAGAAAACUGACACAAUCGCUGAUCCGCUUCAUUUUGGUGUAGUUAUUAGAAAACACAAAAGAAAAAUUGCUCACACUUUUUAUGGUGCAACACUGUUCAUGUGAUCAAUCAGACUGAUGUGUCAGGACAACAACAAUGCUCAUUUUCCAUUUGGCCUACGGACCCCUCUCACAUUCUCAGAAGGGGCCCGGUAUGACCUGUUCUGAGCUGCAUGCAGAUUUGUAUUUAUUUAUUUUUUUUUCUUGAAAAAAGAUACUGAACUACAAAAGUUUUUGGGUUUUUUUGUUUUUUGUUUCCCACUUACUGUAGGGCCGCUUGUGUGUUGCAUGCAGUUGUACAGUUUGCUUGUAAUUGAAAAUUAAAGAGAAAAAAAAAAAAAAAAACAGAAACUAAA